AUGUCGAACCCACCGCCCGAACCGAUCGUGUUGAGGGCUCACCGUUCGGACGCGCAGUGCGCAUCGUUCGAUGCGAGCGGGGCGCUGUACACGGGCGACGCCGACGGCGAGGUGGUUCGUUGGGACGUCGAGAGACGACGGGUCGUUCAUCGUGCGCGCGCGCACGGACCGACGAGCGGCGUGCUCGCGAUGGCGCACUUCAAUUUCGUCUCGCGCGCGUCGAGUCGCGCGGGCGACGGGUCGGGUGACGAUGACGUCCCGACGCGUUGUACGCAGGGACGGGACGGGAGCGUCAAGUAUUGGCGCCGAGCGGGCGACGCGAGUGACGAUCGCGGGGUCGAGAUCGCGUCGAGGACGAUUCGGGGCGGAGUUUUUGGGUUCUGUAGACUCGUGAGCGACGGUGGCGAGUUGAUCGCGCGAGCGGCGUGCGCGAGGGGAUCGGUCGUCGUCGAGCGCGCGGAGACGGGCCGAGCCGCGUGCACGUUGCCGGCGCUGGGCAAAGAGGACGACGAGAGCGAUCCGCGAGCUGGCGUCGCGAUGUGCAUUUCGUUCAUACGGAGCGAACACGUCGUUGUUGGGUACGAGGAUGGGACGAUCGCGAUCUGGGCGCUUGAUUUCGAAUCGGGUCGAGGCGAGGUGAAGUGGCGGAGGCGGACGCACAAGGAAUCGGCGCUGUGCGCAGACGUCGACGCGCUGGGCGAAGGAUUCGUCACCGGAGGCGCCGACGGGACGUUGGUGCGCUACGCCGUGGACGUUAACGUGGUACCGUUGAUGUGUGAGGUCGUGCGAGCGCACGGUCCGUAUGCCGAAGUCAUAACGAGCUCGAGUAAACAACCGGGCGUGAGCGCGUGCGCGAUUCGCGGAGAUGGAAAAAUCGUCGCGAGCGGGUGUUGGGACGGGAAAAUUCGCGUGUACGAGUACAAGCGAAAGUCCAAGGGACGCGUGCUAGCGGUAUUAAAGUAUCACGCCGCCACCGUGACGGACGUGUUGUUCGCACCGGAUGAUUCGUAUCUCGUGAGCACCGCGCGUGACGGCGCCGUCGCUCUGUGGCCGAUUUUUCCGCCAAGCGAAUGA